CUUAUCUCUUGCUUUCUCACUGCAAAUACGUGCUUCAGCUGAACCUGUCGUACAGUUAGGCUUCGUCUCGCGUUUUCUUGGAAGAAAGGGGAUACAUUUUCCGACGUUUUAAAUCGAAAAACAAAAUUCCUUUCAUAGGCUACACUCGGCUAGAGAAACUUGGACUAUGCGCAUACAGGCUAGGAUAUCUUCAGCAAUGAUGCAGUUACACCGUAAGUUAUAAAAUUACGGAGUGACAAUAUCAGAAGCUUUUAGAGUUGAGGAAUGCCGAUACUUGCGUAAAACAAAAUACAGACAAAUUCAUACAGUUUCAGACAAUUUAUUGUUUCUAACGUAAUAUGGAUGACUGCAGAACGACUCGGGCAUGGAUUCAAUGAAUUUCAGGGGAAAGUUAUUGACAGCAUCAAUGGAUUUGCCCUCAGUUAAGGAAAAUAUUUUAGGAUAUUUGCACUGAGUCUGUGGUUUGAGAUUUGGAUACCUGCCUCCGCAUCGCUUGGGGAGAAGCAUCGUCUCUAAAUACCGAGGAAGAAUUCUGUCUCUGCAAGGGGAUCACAAGCCACGCGACAGGCGCGCAAGAAGUCUCUGGCAAAGGUCGAUAAUUUGGGUGACCUCAUGGAACUGCGACUGGGAGCGGUUCUACUGUGUGUCCUCUUGUUGGACUCCUGUGGUUGGACACAAGGAGGUAUUCUGUACCGAGUCCAGGAGGAGCAGCCUCCGAGCACCUUGAUAGGAAGCCUGGCUUCAGACCAGGGUCUCCCAGACUCCGGACACCUCUACAAACUGGAGGUAGGAGCCCCGUACCUCCGGGUGGAUGGGAAGACUGGAGACAUCUUCACCACAGAGAUCCCCAUAGACAGGGAGACACUACGGGACUGUCGCACUCUGAUCCGGGGCAAGCCUUGCUUCCUGGAGUUCGAGGUGUCCGUUACAGACCUGCUCCAGAAUCAGAGUCCUCGGUUGAUCGAGGGCCGCAUCGAGGUCCAGGACAUCAACGACAACACGCCCCAGUUCCCCUCGCCCGUCCUCACCAUCUCCGUCCCGGAGAACACCCACAUGGGUGCACUGUUCUCCAUCCCGCUUGCCACCGAUCGCGAUUCGGAGAGGAACGGCGUGGCCGACUACGCACUCACGGCUGGGCCGGACGCCGCUACGCUGUUCGGUCUGCAGGUGGCCGAGGACCGCGGGGAGAAGCUGCCUCAGCUCAUCGUCCUGGGGAGUCUGGACAGGGAGCUGAAGGACUCAUACGACCUCACCAUCAAGGCGGUGGACGGAGGGAACCCCCAGCGCUACAGCAGCGCCUUGCUAAGGGUGGUGGUGGCGGACGCUAACGACAACGCUCCCAAGUUUGAGAAGUCCAGCUACGAGGCGGAGGUGUCGGAGAACAGCCCUGUGGGAUACUCGGUGUUGCAGGUGAAAGCAAAUGACUCUGACAUGGGCCCCAACGGGGAAAUCGAAUACACUCUUCACCAGGCUAUAGACCCGGUGCCCAAACUCCUGCGAAUCGAUCGCUCCACCGGCGUUAUCUACGUCAAAGGGCCACUGGAUCGCGAAGAAAUCGACAGUUUGUCGUUUUACGUGGUGGCGAGGGAUAAGGGUCCCCAACCCAAGAGCUCCAAGGCCUUAGUGACCAUCCAGGUGAUGGACCAGAAUGACAACGCUCCCUCGGUGGAGAUCCGAGGUAUAGGCCUGGUGACGCACAGCGACGGCGUGGCCAACAUCUCGGAGGACAUGCCGGUGGGGACGGCCGUGGCCCUGGUCCAGGUGUCCGACCGGGACGAGGGUGAGAACGCCGUGGUUACCUGCGUGGUGGCGGGUGACGUCCCCUUUCAGCUCCGCCCCGCCAGCGACUCCUCCACCGACAACAAGAGGAAGUACUUCCUUCAGACCACCACGCCUCUGGAUUACGAGAGGGUGAAGGAGUACCGCGUGGAGAUCGUGGCUGUCGACUCGGGAAACCCCGCACUCUCCAGCACCAACUCUCUGAAGGUCCAGGUCACGGAUGUGAAUGACAACUCCCCAGUCUUCUCCCCAACCCUUUUUGAGGUUGAUUUCGCGGAGGAGAACCAGCCAGGCGACAGGGUUGUGGAGGUAGUGGCCACGGAUGCCGACAGCGGGACCAACGCGGAGCUCGUCUACAGCCUCGUGGCAGACUCCACCACCAAGGGCCUGUUUGAGAUCGACCCGGACACCGGGGAAGUCCGAGCUCGCAGCCCGCUGGACCGGGAACACAAGGAGCGCUACGAGUUUCGAGUGACCGCAGCCGACAAAGGCUCGCCCAGUCACAGGGGAACGGCCACGGUCGUGGUCAAGGUUCUGGACCGCAACGACAACGACCCGAAGUUCAUGCUCAGCGGCUACAGCUUCUCAGUCCUGGAGAACAUGCCGCCGCUUAGCCCUGUCGGCAUGGUGACCGUGCUGGACAUGGACAAAGGCGAGAACGCUCGCGUUCGACUCUCGGUGGAACCGGACGGGGGGAAGUUUGUGGUGCAGAACGGCACUGGCACCAUCCUGUCCAGUAUCUCCUUCGACCGGGAGAAAGAGAGCAGCUACACCUUCAGGCUGAAGGCCGUGGACGGAGGGGAACCCCCCAGAUCCUCCUACGUAGGCGUCACCAUCAACGUCCUGGAUGAGAACGACAACGAUCCCGUGGUCACCAAGCCCUCCAACUCCUCCUUCCGCCUCCUGUCCCCCCUGGCCGCCCCGGACAGCCGGGUGGAGGUGGUGAAGGCGGAAGACCUCGACACGGGCCCCAACGCGGAGCUGGUCUUCAGCAUCGCCGGCGGCAACCCCUAUCAGUUGUUCCGGAUCUCUCCGUCCGACGGCGAGAUCACUCUGGCCAAGGAGCUAACCAGGAAGCACGGAGGGCUUCACCGCCUGGUGGUGAGGGUGAACGACAGGGGCAAGCCCGCCCGCCACGCCACUGCCCUGGUUCACAUCUACGUCAACGAGACCAUCGCCAACGUCAGCCUGGUGGAGGCGCUGGUGGGCCACAGCUUGUACACCCCGCUGGACACCGACAUCGCUGGCGACCCCGACAACGGCCUCGCGGCCCAGCGCAGCAACAUCCUGUACGGAAGCAUGGCUGGGGUGGCGGGGGUCGUCAUGGUGAUCCUGGUGGUGGUGUUCAUCCGGCAUCGCGUCCAGAGGGAGACGAAGAGCGGCUACCAGGCGGGCAAGAAGGAGUCCAAUGACCUCUACGCCCCCAAGCAAGGCCCCAAAAACGGCAAGAGCAAGAGAGGCAGGAAAGGAAAACCUCCCAAGUCGCCCAAACCUCUUGGCGAGGAAGAGGAGGUCAGCCUUCAGAAGAGCCUCAAGUUCAACCUGGACGGGGUCAACGACAGCCCCAGGAUCCACCUGCCCCUGACGUACCCCCCAGGCAGCCCUGACCUGGGCAGGCACUACCGCUCCAACUCCCCCCUGCCCUCCAUCCAGCUCCAGGCCCAGUCCCCCUCCGCCUCCCAGAAGCACCAGGCCGUCCAAGAUCUCCCCGCCACCAACACCUUUGUGGGAACCGGAGGAGAUGACAAUUCCACGGGCUCUGACCAGUACUCGGAUUAUAGCUACAAGGCAAGCCAGACAAAGUACAACAGCAAACAGCACCCUCAUCGUCGCGUGACCUUCUCCACCACCAACCCCGUACAGGACCCCCAGGAUGCCUCCCAGCACAGCUACUACGACAGCGGCCUGGACGAGUCAGAGACGCCCAGCUCCAAGUCGUCAUCCGGGCCUCGCAUCGGGCCCCUCACCCUGCCCGAGGACCACUAUGAGAGGACCACGCCCGACGGCAGCAUCGGGGAGAUGGAGCACCCAGAGAACGACAUGCGCUCCAUCCCGGACGUGGCCAUGACGGGGAACUGCACCCAGGAGUGCAGCGAGCUGGGCCACUCGGACGCCUGCUGGAUGCCCGGACAGCCCUCCCCGGUCCGCAAGGCCAGGAACCCCCCCAAGCUCUCCACCUUCGUGCCUUACCAGGAGAGAGGGAGCCUGGGUCGCCUGGCCAAUGGGAACGCCAGGUUGGGUGGCGAGGAGCACAGGGCCCGCCUACCGCCCUCACGCAGUGCCUACUCCAACGCCGGCCAUGCCCCCGGCCAGGACUGCCCAAUGGAGGAGGUUCCCCUGAGCGUGGCCUCCGAAUUCCCGCCCACUUCCCCUCCUAGCCACACCCCCAAGCGAGAGAUCUACCUGUGAGAAAUCUCUCACUUCUGAUUGGUGCAAGGGUGGAACCGGCCACAGAGACACCCACUUAGGUAAAACAUCCUUUAGUGGAUCAGAAACUAUAAAUAUAUAUAUAUACUGACACAAAUGCCCAUUUUGUAGAAAAUGAUUCAUCAGUGGUAUGUGCAAUAGCAUUUCUUUUUUUUUCCAUGUAUUUAUUUAUUUAUAUAGUUUAUUUAUUAACUUAUUUAUUGAGCAGUUAGUCCACUUUUUUAAUAUUUUCAUUAUAGUCAUACAUUCUCUUUGAGAGCAUUGGCUGAACAGAUCAUAGAAAAACAGACACAAUUUCCCUUCAGAAACACAUUUACUUAAGUCAGUGAAAUGUUCUGUGGAACUUCAAAGAUGUGACCAGUGCUUUAGUGCCAUAACCAGAUAACAGUCAACAUAUAAGCGCUACGGCCCUGAAGGAAAGCUUUCGGCUUUUCAUUCGCAAUCAGUGGAAUGGCAUUUCUAAAUGUACAGUGAUGUAAAUACAUUGCAACGGUGUAAACUGUAUAUAUUUCUGUCUGGCUCAAGCCGAUAAACUAGCCUCAGAAUUUUAGCACUCAAGCUUUUCUUUGCUGCUGCUGUUUAAACUUGAUCCAACCCGUUUGUAGAAGCCAAUACUUAGAAGGUGUGUUGAACGCUCUCAGAAUCCCAUCCCCUCAGCCUCACACGAACACCUGUGCCCUCCGCUCUGCCGCCAGUGACAGACAGAGGGAGUCGUGGGAGAGAACAGCUUUCUAACGGAGCAUGCGUGUUCCGGAAGACUCAGCACUGUGACCCAACUCUCCUCGUCGUGGAAACGGGCCCCUUUCUAGAGCUCCCAGACCCCUCUAGAACCCUCUAGAAGGGGCCUUCCAGAAGCCUCUUCGCUUUGAGCCUCCUCCUCUUCCCCCUCCCUCGCUAUUGAUGUGACUACACCCACUGUUUAACUUGAAAAAACAACCUUCCAAACCUACUUACCCCAUUCCUCCCCCUCCCUCCCUCCCCUCCCCCCCUUCUCUCGAGACCGAACAACGGAAAGUGAAUCCAUUGCCCUCCUCGACGAGGUCAGCAUCGGGGUGAACCCCCGUCCCCGGCCUCGUUGGGGCUUCUCCUCACGAUCCGCGUCUGAGUUCCUCUAGUUGUGAUGAAUUCAUAAGGAGGUAUUCACGCAGGCUCCUGCUUGAGACCCCUUCAGAGCCGAGGGGUUCCUGGAAUGACAGGAAGUGUGGUGACUGAGGCUCUCUCUCUCGCUCGCUCGCUGGCUCACAGACCUCGUCUGGACGAGUGUUGUCCCAUUCACCGGCUGAUUCCUCUCCAAUCAGGUUCCCAGCUGCUGCUCUGCUCUCCGCUCGCAUUCGUCCUGUUAGAGAGAGCCAAACGGGCACAUCAUCCCGACCAAUGGCGAUGCCUUAGAAAACCUAUGGUCACUGUUUUGUUUGGGAAUUAUUGUUCGCUAGUGUUAAAUGCAUGGUUAGCAGAAACACAUAUGUUCAUCUGGAUCCCUCUGAACACAAUGGUAAGGGUAGGUAAACCCUGUACUCCUUGCCGCUAUUAUUGUCCUUGUAUUGAGGGCGUCAUAAGUUUACUUCAUUAAGCUGUUGUGGCUCUCUCUUCCCUCGGAACACACAGAAAAUACAAGGGCAUUUUAGGCUUUAUCUAUCUUGACAACGACAAAGAUUUAUUUUCAAAGCAAUUCUGAAGCAGCUGUCUGAAGGACACUGCCUAUUAGUCGGUAAUUGGAUGACGGUGAAGCGACCAGCCUGCCUUGCAGCACUGUAGCAUAACUCACGGCCUGUUGAUUUGUACACCAAUCUGAUCUGAUUUGUUGCUACCUUCACCCCUUUUCUGGCCUCCUCCUUCUUCUCCUCCUCCUCCUCCUCCUUCUUCUCCUCCUCCUCC